UGAGAUAUCAGAUUGUUUGAGAGGCAAGCAAGUGACUUUUGUGGGCGAUUCAAGAGUUAGGCAGCUUUUCUAUGCCUUCACAAAGCUGAUCAACCCACAGAGGCGAGAUGAAGCAUACAAAUAUUACAUUUGAAGAAAAACAAAUAAAACUGAAAGUGAACUUUUUUUGGUACCCGGAAAUAAACAGCUCAGUCAAUAACCUUUUCAAAGCAUGGAAUGAGGACCGUCUACCAAGGCCCGAUAUGACUGUGAUUGCUGCCGGAACUUGGUCAAUCAAACUAAACAAUGGGAGUGAAGAGGCAUUGACACAAUACAAAAUAAAUAUCACUGCCUUACUGCCUCACAUGAAACAACUGGCAGCUGACAGCCCUGUCUACUGGGUCCUGCAAGACCCUGUGAAUGAAGCUAUCCUCUCAGAACGUCGACGAAUGAUCACAAACGUUCGAAUUGAUUCUUACAAUGAAGCUGUCCUUAACAUGUUUGGCUCUAGUAGCACUAACUCUGGUAGUGGUGGCCAGUUGUUGGUGUUGAAGGCAUCACAAUUAAUAGCGCAGGCAGGGCUGGAUAAAUGCUCUGAUGGACUGCACCUUCCUGAGAGUGUGUUAACCACCGAUGCCAUGAUUCUACUGAAUGCAUUGUGUAACCCAGUGAUCCAGCCAGUGGAUGGUUCGUGCUGCCUGCCACAGCCACGCACAACACUUGUGCAACAGGUCGUCGCCUGUGUGUUUGUGCUGUGCGCUCUUCUUAGCGUGGUUGUGCGCACGUGCCAUCGUCCACGCAGGGCUAGUGUGCGUCCCAGCACAGACGAGGAGAGUGGGGAAGAAAAGAAAUUGCCUGUCAUCAGCCCACUGUCAACUUCAUUCUCCCUGGAGACUGUGGUUCGGCCUGUCGCCAAGCUUGGGCUUAUCAUGGCGUACUUCUAUCUUUGUGAUCGAGCAAAUCUGUUUAUGAAAGAGCAGAAGCACUACAGCCACACUUACUUCUUUGUGCCUGUGAUUUACGUCAUGGUGCUUGGAAUAUUUUACUCUGACACUGCCAAAGAUAGUUCCAUGCUGAACCGAGAACAAACUAAUGAGUGGAAAGGCUGGAUGCAGCUUGUCAUCCUAAUAUACCACAUCUCUGGAGCCAGUGCAUUCCUCCCGGUGUACAUGCAUGUUCGAGUAUUGGUGGCUGCCUAUCUAUUUCUCACUGGAUAUGGACACUUCUAUUACUUCUGGAGCAAAGGAGAUCUGGGCUUGCACCGUCUCCUUCAGGUGUGUUUCCGCCUUAACUUCCUGGUGGUCAUCCUGUGUCUGGUGAUGGACCGCCCUUACCAGUUUUACUAUUUUGUGCCGCUGGUCACUGUGUGGUUUGUCGUCAUGUUCCUGCUUCUCUCCAUUUGGCCUCAGAUCAGUGCCAAGAUUUCCAAUGGAAGUGUAUUUUUUAACAUAAUUUUGAUCUUGAAGUUUUGUGGACUCGUGACCUGCAUUGUUCUCCUCUCAGCAUCAAAGGACUUUUUUGAAAAGAUGUUUUCCUUCUGGCCUUUGUCUGAGUUAUUUGAACUUAAUGGGAAUCUAAAUGAAUGGUGGUUCCGCUGGCAGCUAGAUCGCUUCUCGGUGGUGCAGGGCAUGCUCUUUGGUUUCGGAUACCUCACCCUGCGACGGCUGCAGCUGCUUGGGGACUCGUAUGGAGAUGGACUGCUUCCCCCACGCCUCUCGCUUACUUUGCUUAUCCUGGCCAUUGCCAGCCUCACGGGUUUUUCAGUUUGGGCAAGUAAAUGUAAGAAUAAGACUGAAUGCAACAAAGCUCACCCGUUCAUCUCUGUUGUACCAAUUUUGGCCUUUAUUUUCAUAAGAAAUUUACCAGGAUGCUUGCGUCACAAGUACAGCACCUUUUUUGCUUGGUUUGGAAAACUGUCAUUAGAGUUGUUCAUAUGCCAGUGCCACAUCUGGCUAGCAGCAGACACUAAAGGGAUCCUUGUUCUGAUCCCAGGCAUCCCCUUUCUCAACUUGACUGUGACCACGUUCAUCUUUACUUGUGCGGCCCAUGAGAUCUUUGAAAUCACCAACACACUGUCACAUGUGCUUAUUCCUAAGGAGGGCGGUGUACUGUUCAAGAAGUUGUUGUGUGUCGGUGCCAUCCUCCUGGUACUCCUCUUGCUCCACUGGAUCCACCAACGGUUGCCGGUCUGAUGAGGCUUUUGAUUCCAGUCAGAGGUGUCCUAUGUAAUAGUGAUUCUCAACCUUUUUUUAACUGGCAUCCCUUUACAAGGGCAAUAAAAAUGUCAAGGAGUGGGCACGGAACCCCUCAGUAAUCCCUUUGCAAUGUCGGGGCCCCUUCGUCUUUUUAUGAACAACAAAUAUAUCUAUAAAUCCCGAGGGAGCCAGAGAUCAUUGGUUGAGAAUCCCCCACUUUAUAGGAUUUUGAAGUUAAAUAAAAUCCCAAAAUAUGACUUUACAGGAUGUUCGGUUUAAAUGUGGAACAUUUCGAUGUGCGUAUUAUUAUCCCUCACUCGAAUAACGUUACAAUUCAGUUUGCAUUGUUUGAAAAAUAUUACCUUUACAUUGAGAUUACUUUAAAUGAUGUGUGUGACUGCAUGUACCACUAAGCAAAUGGCAAGAUCAUUAAAUGUAAAGCACAAGUAAAAUUAUUAACAGGGGACCAAGUAUACAUUGUUAUUCACCUGUGCCCAAGCACUAUACAGACCCAUCCAUCGUUCCAUUGCAAUAUGUAGUUGGAUACAUUAAUAGGUUUGUGCUUCAGAACUUGAAUAAAUAUUUUGAUUGCCAAGUUACUGGACCUACGGAAAUUCUCGUCAGGUUUAUGCGAGCUACCAACCAUUCUGAUAGCUAUGUUUCCAUCAAGUGAUAAAUGUUAGCUUGGUGUGUUUUAAAUCAAAUGCAAAAGCAGGCAUGUCAGACGUGAUUAGGCUUAAUUGGACUCCUCUUGUGUGUUGAAAUACUACACACACAGCCAAACCUAUUUAUGGGAAUAUAAUAAAUGAAUAAAAUGUACUUCUGCAGCAACAUUCAUAAAGGGCAUUAGUGAAGAGUAAGAUAACCCCAUUAGUAAAUACAUUUAUUUUCCUAAUAUAUACAAUUAGCCUGUUUUUUUUAAGUGUUUCAGCUUGCAUAGAAAAGGUAUGUCUAAUUGAUGAAUGUCCACCUUUGACUUUUUUGUUUGCAUCCAUGAACCAAAUAAUUGACUUGAAAUUUUGAAGCAAAAUUUGUUUAACAGUUUUCAUCAUGCCCCACACCUACUUAAAGAUAGGUUACAAGUGUAGUCACAUCAUGAACACUUGCCAUUUUUGAAAAAUACAGUGGAAUAUACUAGUUUGAUCUACAUUGUGCAUAAACUAAUAAUUAACUAUCAACAAAUGCAAAUGCCAUUAUCGAUGAAACAGAUUUACAAAAAAAUAAUUGUAUACGAGCCUUAUUUUUGCAUUUGUGUUUAUAGGGUCUAUUCAGAGGUUUUCAACUUCUGGUUCUUGCACCCUACCACAUUUUCCAGUUUACCAAUUUAUCCAUUGAAAUGUUAUUUAACGAUAUUGCAUGCAUCUGUUGAAUAAUAAGUGUAUUAUUUGGCGGGGGGGGGGGGGGGGGGUGAGUUCGAGGACUGCAGUUGAGAGCCCCUGAAUGUCGAUGGUGCACAACACAAGUAUUUGAUGCACAUUUGUGAAACUACAAAGCUACUGAAAUGCAAGAACGUAGGCAGAGUGAUUAGAAUAUUGAUGAACAUAAAGAGUGUUCAAUGAUAUAUUCUGGUCUUAAACGUCGGUUUCAAAGGAAAUUGCUUAUGAGAACCUUGGGGCAAAUUGUAGUGGUUGGUGAGUUGAUUAUUUUUGGGUGCUCUGGUGUCCCAUUGCACAAUCUUUACCCGUUCUCAAGAUCCCUGAAAUUUUAAAAAUAGGUUUAUAUAGUUUAUGGGAACAGCCAUUUAACUUGUAUAUGCUUCCCUCAACAAAGGCUUCAAUAAUAGUGUACUUUGUUAAGUACAUUUAUGGGUUUUUCAUUGACUAUGUACAUUAUAGUCAAUGUAGCACAUGCUGUGUCCUUUGUGUCCUAUGCUCUGAAUAGUACUGUAUGUAUCGCUGAUAAUUUGUCAAAUGUUACACCUGGAGAUGUAAACAUGUAAGCUUUAUAGCUAUUUUCUAAGCUAUUGAACAAGUUGCUUUUGGACUAUUUAAAAGGACAGGCGAUGAAAAACGAAUUACAGUUUGUACAUUUUCAUUAUUUUUGUUUAGUCUGCAGUGCAGAAUUGGCAUUAUUUUAUUGUCUUUCGUUUCUGUUGAAAGUACAUUUGAAUACAGAAAUGCAUUCUAAUAACUGUACUGUAACUGAUGUGCACUGAUAAGAUAAUUGCAAGUUUUACAUUUCAAUCUUUAAAGUGUUUAUAGGUGUUUUAUACAUUUAAACAGCGUAAAAUGGAAUUUGUAUUAAGCUUUUUAAAAGCAUGAAAUGAAAUGCGUAACUUAUUCUAUUUAAUAAAUAAAAUACCGCUUACAUUACAUUGCACAUUGGUAGGUGGAGAUGUGAAUUAUUGUGAGGUAAUUUAUUAUGGCUACGUGGUUAUUGUUACAGUAUAUGAAUUUACAUAAGCGUUUGGUUGCUUACUGGAGUAGUGUCAUGGGAAGCAAUUAUGUAUAUCCAUUGCGUGUAUGUAUGGAAGUAAUUUUGUACAUUAAUUUUCUUCAGGUUGCAAUUGUAACCAGACUACUGUAAUAUUAAAUGUGGAAGACUC